AUGACAGAUGGACAAGAAGAACAGUCGAGUGGGCUCCCAGAUCUACACGAUCUAAGGGUAGGCCUGCUGCGAGAUGGGGGGGAUGUGCUUGUCGGUCACGUGAAACAGCUGCGACAGCAGCUGAAUGACUCCUCACAUCGCCAUCUUCGUCGAAUCCUAAAUCUACCGUGGAUGGCGAUCGCGAAAGACAGAAGCGAAUGGUUUGUUGCUGGUGCUCGCACAUGAGUGAAGACGAGCUGUAUAAGUAUAAGUAUAAGUAAAAGCCCAGCAGAGAUGGGCUCGUGCGAAGCGGCGAGCCAUCACAUCUAGGUAUCGUGGAUCACAACCAGGACCAGGACAGACACUCGUUUGGGAUAAGUAGGCAUUCCAUUUCUGCGGUGUGGACUAUUAAAAACACUCCCUCAAGGACUGACGUAUAACAUGAACAUCUGCUGACUCCUCUUGUCUUUGUAUGGGUUAAAUAGAUUCUUUCAAACGUCAUUAAUAUUCUGAGUAUGAUAAGUCAAUUGCGUGGGGAGGGAGCUAGAUUUUCAAAUUUAGACCUUGCUACUUUCAAUAUUCCACCCUAAGUAGAUCAGGUCCCUCUCACUAAGAAAGACUUGAAACCAGGAAGGGAAAGAUUGAAAUAGACAAACUUAAUAAUUGGAUUAAACUGCACAUCAGAAUAAGUCCCGAUUCCUCUCUGCUCAUCCUCUCAAAGACGGAAGGGAUACGUACGAUUGUGAUUACCAUUAUAACUUCUACAGAGACGCAGGAUAAUCGCUCGAUCUAGGAGAACAAGGAGCAAGAUUCACAAGUACAUCACUCGGUAAGCUCAGUUAUUGCGUCGUUCGGAAAGCAUCCACCAAGAGCUCUGUAGUAAUCCAGAUUUUCUCUGGAGUGCUCUGAACAUUCCUAUGUAAUUGCUGUACAUAUAAGUACACUAGUCUUUUGUAUACGCACAAUAUGAACAGGUCCUCCUUUUUGCAUAUUAGACCUUGUGGUGACCAAAAUGUCGCCACGUUUCCGACAUAUCCUUCUACACGACUUAAGUUUAGGUCACCCCGCUGCUGGAGCCUCUGGAAUUUGUGUCAAACAGUCCUGCGCACGCCCGUUCCAACGCUCCACUGUCCGGAACAAGGAUGUCCAAGAUGA